GGUUUCUCAAAUGAGAAUAUCACUUUGCUUUUUAUUUAACAGCAAGUGAUUGAAUGCUGAAACCCCAGUGGGGUGGUUCGGUGUCUUGAAUAUUUUGGGAUGGUCUGCUAUAUUUGCUUUUCUGAAAUCAUUCAGUUUCUUCUUGAACAUGUGAAGGGAGACGAAGUGUCGGGAAGAGUGACUGCAACUAUUUGAAGUACAGCUUUGGAAAGGAGGGAAAACUCUAGCCCCUCAGCUUUGUUGAAUAGUCGUCUUGUUUGCCUACACAGCAUUUUUGGAAGAGUUUAAGGACCAUUUAUUUACAAACGGUGCCGCAAAGGAACUCCAGUUUGAGAGGCUGACUCGAGAGCUUGAGGCUGAGCGCCAGAUUGUAGCCAGCCAACUGGAGAGAUGUAAGCUUGGAUCGGAGACCGGAAGCAUGAGCAGCAUUAGCUCCACAGAAGAGCAGUUUCACUGGCAAACACAAGAUGGCCAGAAGGACAUAGAGGAUGAGCUCACAACCGGUCUUGAGCUGGUGGACUCCUGUAUUAGAUCCCUGCAGGAGUCAGGAAUACUUGAUCAACAGGACUAUUCAGCUAGCGAAAGGCCCAGCCUUCUCUCCCAGAGUGCACUUCAGCUCAAUUCCAAACCUGAAGGGUCUUUCCAGUAUUCAUCCAGCUACCAUAGCAAUCAGACCCUUGCCCUGGGUGACACCCCACCAUCUCAGCUCCCAGCCCGCAGCAGUCAAGCCAGAGCUGCCAUCCAGAGCUUCAGCCAGGGCACAACUAGCCGAGCAGCCCAUUUAGCUGGAUCUGAACCUUCUCAAUCACAUGCUGCCUCUCAGUCAAGAGAGUCCUUUGUGCAGAGCCAUGGGAGUGCGUUCCAUUUGCCUGACUCCCAGCAUUCUUCAGCACUUUAUUAUUCCAGCUCUACUCUGCCGGCACAGAGAGUGAGCUCUCCCUUGUCCAUGCAGCAGGUAGGCUCUCCCACAAAGCUCCAGCGGGUGGGCUCGGCCUCCGAGAGCACCGGAUACAGCACCACACAGCGGGUCUCCUCUCCUAAGCAGUCUCCUAGCCGGCUAGCCAAAUCGUACAGCACCAGCUCCCCCAUCAAUAUCGUCGUGUCUUCGGCUGGACUUUCUCCUUCCCCAAUCCGGGUGACCUCUCCACCGACCAUUCAGUCUAAUAUUUCAUCCUCUCCAAUACAUCAGCUAAGCUCAACCAUUGGCAAUUACGCCACCCUCUCUCCUACCAAACGGCUAGUCCACACGGCAGAUCAGUACAGCAAGCAUUCCCAGGAACUCUAUGCCACUGCUACGUUGCAGAGACCUGGCAGUCUAGCAGCUGGGUCGCGGGCAUCUUACAGCAGCCAGCACAGCCACCUUGGCUCUGAGUUAAGGGCACUGCAGUCUCCAGAGCACCAUAUAGACCCUAUUUACGAAGACAGAGUCUAUCAGAAGCCCCCUAUGAGGAGUCUCAGCCAGAGCCAGGGAGACACUCUGCAACCAGCACUCACAGGCACCUAUCGCACGAGCACAGCCCCAUCUUCCCCCGGUGUCGACUCCGUCCCCUUACAGCGCACAGGAAGUCAACACGGCUCACAGAAUGCAACGGCGACCUUCCAGAGGGCCAGCUAUGCUGCAGGCCCUGCCUCCAAUUACGCAGACCCCUAUCGACAGCUGCAGUAUUGUCCUUCUGUCGAAUCACCGUACAGCAAAUCCGGGCCUGCCAUUCCACCGGAGGGGACCCUGGCUAGGUCGCCUUCCAUCGAUAGCAUUCAGAAAGAUCCCAGGGAAUUUGGUUGGAGAGACCCAGAACUUCCUGAAGUUAUCCAAAUGCUGCAGCACCAGUUCCCUUCAGUGCAGUCGAAUGCCGCUGCCUAUUUGCAACACCUGUGUUUCGGAGACAAUAAAAUUAAAGCUGAGAUAAGACGGCAAGGAGGCAUUCAGUUACUGGUGGAUCUUUUGGAUCAUCGGAUGACGGAGGUCCACCGUAGUGCCUGUGGAGCCUUGAGGAACUUGGUGUAUGGGAAAGCAAACGAUGACAAUAAAAUUGCCCUGAAAAACUGUGGCGGCAUCCCAUCGUUAGUACGGUUACUCCGCAAGACGACCGACUUGGAAAUCCGAGAGCUGGUCACAGGGGUUCUCUGGAAUCUCUCUUCUUGUGAUGCCCUUAAAAUGCCAAUUAUCCAGGAUGCCCUCGCAGUGUUGACCAAUGCAGUGAUUAUCCCGCAUUCCGGCUGGGAAAAUUCUCCACUCCAGGAUGAUCGUAAAAUUCAACUUCAUUCAUCACAGGUGCUGCGCAAUGCCACUGGGUGCCUAAGGAAUGUCAGUUCUGCUGGAGAAGAGGCCCGCAGAAGAAUGAGGGAGUGUGACGGACUUACUGAUGCAUUGCUCUACGUGAUUCAGUCUGCUCUUGGGAGCAGUGAAAUUGAUAGCAAGACCGUUGAAAACUGUGUGUGCAUUUUGAGGAACCUCUCAUACCGGCUUGCAGCAGAAACAUCUCAGGGACAGCAGAUGGGAACGGAUGAGCUUGAUGGAUUACUGUGUGGAGAUGCCAAUGGCAAGGAUGCUGAGAGUUCAGGGUGUUGGGGCAAGAAGAAGAAGAAAAAGAAAUCCCAAGACCAGUGGGAUGGAGUUGGACCUCUCCCAGACUGUGCGGACCCACCAAAAGGAAUCCAGAUGCUGUGGCACCCUUCUAUCGUGAAACCCUACCUCACACUUCUCUCCGAGUGCUCAAAUCCAGACACACUGGAAGGCGCCGCGGGGGCCCUGCAGAACUUGGCCGCCGGCAGCUGGAAGUGUCCUUCGUAUUCUGUCUUUUUACAGUGGUCAGUGUAUAUCCGGGCUGCCGUCCGCAAAGAAAAAGGCCUGCCCAUUCUGGUGGAGCUGCUGCGAAUAGAUAAUGACCGGGUGGUGUGUGCAGUUGCUACGGCUUUACGGAACAUGGCCUUAGAUGUCAGAAAUAAGGAACUGAUAGGCAAGUACGCCAUGCGAGAUCUGGUCCACAGGCUUCCCGGUGGGAACAACAGCAACAACUCAGCAAGCAAGGCCAUGUCCGACGACACGGUUACUGCCAUCUGCUGCACUCUGCAUGAAGUGAUAACAAAAAACAUGGAGAACGCCAAGGCCUUACGGGACGCUGGGGGCAUCGAGAAGUUGGUUGGCAUCUCCAAAAGCAAAGGAGACAAACAUUCUCCUAAAGUGGUCAAGGCAGCAUCUCAGGUCCUAAACAGUAUGUGGCAGUAUAGAGAUCUGAGAAGUCUCUACAAAAAGCAUGCACCCAAUGGAUGGCAGGCCACACAUUCAGUCAGCUCUUUAGCAGCUAAAAAGGAAAAUCUGGAUGGAUGGUCGCAGUAUCACUUCGUAGCCUCAUCUUCGACAAUAGAGAGGGAUCGGCAAAGACCCUACUCUUCCUCCCGCACCCCCUCCAUCUCUCCCGUGCGCAUGUCUCCCAACAAUCGCUCAGCAAGUGCCCCAGCUUCACCUCGGGAAAUGAUCAGUCUAAAAGAAAGGAAAACAGAUUACGAGUCGACUGGAACAAAUGCCACCUACCAUGGAACUAAAGGAGAACACACUUCCAGGAAAGACACUAUGACAGCUCAAAAUACUGGAAUUUCAACUUUGUACAGGAAUUCUUAUGGUGCACCAGCUGAAGAUAUCAAACAUAACCAGGUUUCAGCACAGCCAGUUCCACAGGAGCCCAGUAGAAAAGAUUAUGAAACCUUUCAGCCCUUUCAGAAUUCGACGAGAAACUACGACGAAUCCUUUUUUGAGGAUCAAGUUCAUCAACGCCCACCUGCCAGUGAAUACAACAUGCACCUGGGACUCAAGUCAACUGGCAACUACGUCGACUUCUAUUCAGCUGCUCGUCCCUACAGCGAACUUAACUAUGAAACAAGCCACUAUCCAGCCUCUCCAGACUCCUGGGUUUGAGACUGGGAUGAGAAGGCAAAAGCUCCAAGAACUGUGCAUGUGCAUGCAUAUACCACGAGACAUUUUUUCCUGCAAAUUUAGUUUGUAAAGCCUGUUCCAUAGAAAGGCCCUGAUAACCAGUAUGGAAAUAUUAAGAAAUUUUAGAAGGCUAAUCGCAUUGAAAAUUAACCUGGAGGUCAAUAGAAAGAAAAUUUCCUAAAUAUUACAGUGUGGGACGACUUUCCCGGUGGCCGGUCGAGUUUGAAUUUUGAACGCGGCCGAAGGGAGGAGGGUGGAGGAAAUGGCAGUGGAGAUUGUAGGAUGAGAGGGUUAUGCUAAGCACAAGAAACUGACUAGUUUACAUACUUUAUGGGGGACAGCUUCUCACACUUCGGUUACUAUCCUCAUUCAUUGUGAAUCUAGGCUUCAAGUUGCAUUUGGGGUUCCUCUGUACAGCAAGAUGUUUCUUGCCUUUUGUUAAUGCAUUGUUGUAAAGUAUUUGAUGUACAUUACAGAUAAAAAAAAGUGCAUUGUGUAUAUUACACCAAUGCCACAGUGUUUCUUCAUCUAUGGUUCUAAAUAUUGCUUCAAUUUCAAAAUUUUGAAAAGAUGUAUGGAUUUCCAGUUCUUUUCUUUCCCCAGUACGUUUUAACAAAAACAAAAAAGGAAUAUUUAGCAGUAUUGUUCGUUCUGAUAUGUGAAUUUGUUUGUGGCAACUAAAAACAAGGCAUUCAGCAGUUUCUGACAAUUAACAUACAUCAUUCCACACUCCUUGUCAACAAAGUGCUUUUUCACUGCCUAAAAUUUUAGAUGUAGAUAUUUGAAAUAGAUUUUUUUCAUUUAUACCAGUUUUCUUUAUGAUGAUACAGUGUUAAAAGAAAAUAAAUUACAAUUGAUCUGUCAUCCACAUUUGCUAAGAAUGUCUAUUUCCAAGAAUCUGGCAUACAAAAUGCACAUUCUUGCUUGGUGUAUGUGUGUGUGCGUGUGUGUGUCCAUGUCUGUAUUAUAAUCUGUGUGUGGUUUUUUGAUAUAGGAGUUAUUUUGUUUGCUGUUCUCCUGUAUAAGCUUUGUUACUACUUUUCUAAUAGAAACUUUCUUCAGUUUGUUCCUUUGUACUGUAUCCACUAGACUGACCAUUUAGUGACUCAGGAUACCAGGCCAGUUGAAGUGGAGUGGCAGAUUUAUUACUCACACUCUCUUAAAGACCUUUCCCUUCCAUGUUCUUAACAAACCAUCCCUUCUCCUACGCUCCCAGGAAAGAGGAGAAACUCAGCCAAUUAGGAGUUCUAUCAUUGGAUCAUCCAUCACAGGACCUUCUCCCCUCCCUCUCUGAGACACCAUUCCCACUACUUCCAGCCAAGAGACUCUCAAUUGGACUUGAAGCUACGGUUAGGACAGUCCUAAACAGAGAAGAAAAGCCAGGCCAGCCGUGUUGUGUUUUGUGUUAUCUUUUUUCAAAAAUCAGAUGGAUGGAUGUUCAUCUUUAAAAAAAAAAAUUGCUGCUUAACUCCCCACACAAUUUAAUUUAGCCAAAAGCCAAUAAGCAAUAGUUCUGUUUUCCAAGUUGGACUUCAAAUAAGAAUAAUUUAGUCUCCCAGAGUUUGGAAAUUAAAAAAAAGUUUACCACUAUGGGCAGUAAAUACUCCCACCUUUCAGAGAGAAUGCCUUCAGCUCCCUUUAUUCAAUUAGAUCAAUUGCAAAUUAGAAAUAAGUUAAUUGAAACAUCUGCUCAUUAAAUAAUUUAUGUCAACUUUCUUUUUCUGAAAUUCCUCACUGUAAUAUUACCAUUUAAAACCAAAUUGUCACUCAUGAGAUUCAUGAAAAUUUUUACACUUCACUUGUGUUAUAACGUACAGAAAUAGUAUAGACCAUAGAAGCAGAUAUUGUGAUAUAGAGAUGGUUUAUCAGUAUCUUAGUACUGUUGUUUAAACUUUCCAAAAUAUACAAUAAAAACAUUAACAAUUUUUAGUAGUCAGGGGAAAAAUGAUAAUAAAUGCAUGCGAUCAAAGGACUGUAGGGACGGUUGUAUAUUGCAGUAGAUUAAAGUACUACUAACAGAAUCUUUCUAUUUUCUUUAUGAUAUUGAUUUUUAAACUGUAGGCAGCGUUUACCACAUUUUCGAACAAGGCACAUUUUCAGUAGGCUGAGGGGGAACCAGUACUGUAAUAAGAAUCAGUGCUGCCAACUACAAUCACCAAGAGCCUUCUGGGACCCCUGAAAGGGAACUAGCUGGAGUGGACUCAAAAUAAGCAGUGACAGACAGCCAGUAGACCCAACCCUUUCUCUCUCACUCACAGGGCAGUGUCAUUAGCUGGAAAAAUGCAGGGCUUUUUUUUUUGUUUGUUUGGUUGGGGUUUUUUUUCCUUUCCUUAAAUUGGGUUUACGUGAUCUGUUAAAAUGACCUGAAUGCCCAACUAGGUACCCUUAAAAAAUAAAUCAGCUUAACUGAAAAGCGAUUCAUUACAUGAGAUAUAUUGGAUUAAAUGCACCCAAUGACAUGAAA